AUGAGAAACUUAGCUAUUUUAUCAGUUUCAUCCUUUUUAUUUGUUGAGGCUUUAUUCCAGGAAUACCAGUGCUAUGGAAGUUCUUCAAACACAAGGGUUCUAAAUGAAUUAAAUUAUGAUAAUGCAGGUACAAAUUUAUAUAAUGAAUUAGAAAUGAAUUAUUAUGGAAAACAGGAAAAUAGGUAUAGCCUUAAAAACAGUAGUAGAUUACUUGGAGAAAAUGAUGAUGUAGAUAAUGAUGAUGAAAAGGUAGUUGUUGAUGAAGAUAAAGAAGAACCUAAGGGUGAUGAAAAAGAAAAGGAUAAAGACGAAAAAAAUGAAAAUGAUGAAGAUAAAAGAAAAUUAAAAAAAGAAAAAAAUAAUAAGUUAAGACAACCAGCAGGGGAUGAUAAUGUAGAUCCUAAUGCAAACCCAAAUGCAAACCCAAAUGCAAACCCAAAUGCAGAUCCUAAUGCAAACCCAAAUGCAAACCCUAAUGCAAACCCAAAUGCAAACCCCAAUGUAGAUCCUAAUGCAAACCCUAAUGCAAACCCCAAUGCAAACCCAAAUGCAAACCCAAAUGCAAACCCCAAUGUAGAUCCUAAUGCAAACCCUAAUGCAAACCCAAAUGCAAACCCCAAUGUAGAUCCUAAUGCAAACCCUAAUGCGAACCCAAAUGCAAACCCCAAUGUAGAUCCUAAUGCAAACCCUAAUGCAAACCCUAAUGCAAACCCAAAUGCAAAUCCAAAUGCAAACCCAAAUGCAAACCCAAAUGCAAAUCCUAAUAAAAACAAUCAAGCUAAUGCAAAAGAUCAAAAUAAGCCAAAUGAUCAAAUAGGAAAUAAAGAUGAAAAAGCUAAUGCCAACAAUGAUGGAAGAAAUAAUAAUAACGAAGAACCAUCUGAUAAGAACAUAGAAGAUUAUAUAAAGAAAAUACACAAUUCUCUUUCAACUGAAUGGUCUCCAUGUAGUGUAACAUGUGGAAAUGGUAUACAAGUUAGAAUAAAGCCUGGUUCUGCUGGUAAACCUAAAGACCAAUUAGACUAUGAAAAUGACCUUGAAAAGAAAAUUUGUAAAAUGGAAAAAUGUUCCAGUGUGUUCAAUGUUGUAAAUAGUUCAAUAGGAUUAAUAAUGGUAUUAUCCUUCUUGUUCCUUAAUUAG